AUGACUCACCUGGGUGACGGAUACCAAGCUGGAUACAUGUCAUCUGUGAUUGUCCCCCCACGAGAAGGACACGAGGCCAUGGAGGCCCUGCAGGACGAAGGCACGGCCACGGAGGUUCCGCUCGUAAGGUCUCAACUGCAUGUUUUCUAA